UUCACAGCGUCUCUCUGGAUCGCCGCUGCCGCCAGCUCCCCGCGCCGCCGCGUUGGGCGGGGCCGAGGCCGCAUAAAUCCGCGUGAUCCUCGCCGGCGUAGAGGUGCGGUCGUGGAGGAGGCCAAGCGCCGCCCGCUCGCCUGCGCCACCGCGGUAGCCGUUUCCACUCCUCGAGCCGCCACCGAGGUAGCCAUCUCCCCUGCUCGAGCUCGUUCAGGCGAUGUUGACCGGAGCGCGGCGUGACUCUGGUCCGCUCCCACCGGCUAGAGGUGCGGCCGUGGCCGAGGCAGAGCGCCCCGCUCGCCUACGCCGUCGCGGCGGGCAUCUAGGUCGUCUCCCCUCCUCAAGCUCACCGCCCGGCUCGAGGUGUGGUCACGCGAAGAGAGCGGUGGUGGAGCAGCGCAGCGCCGUGCCAUCUCUGCUCCCGUCCGGUGAAUUGGGGGAGGCAGCGACGCUCCAGCGAUUCCCGGCGUGCACCGGGCGGAGAGCGAAGUCGGGUGCCCGGCGACGAGUCCCCUGGGACAGCGCCAUGCGUCCGCGGCGGGGCGACAAGAUGGGCUCCUCACAAACGGCGUCCAUCCUCAGAAGGGAGCCCGGCGUGGAGGUGCUCGAGCUCGAGUUACACCACGGGCGAGGGGGAUCCGACAGACAAACACAGGAAAAAUAUAUGAAAAAUGGAAAAGAGGGAACAGCAGCUCUUGAGUGGCGCGCCGAUCGCGCAUUGGCGCCGCAAAGCGAGAAGCACGAGGGAGCGGUAGCCGUUCCCUCGAGCAGCGUGCCUGGUCUCAAGCGACCGGCUACGAGAUUGUACUAGUCCGACGAAGGCGUAGGCACGCCCGCCCAACGAGAAACUGGGCGAUCCGCCGGCCGUUGUUUCGCUCUCGAGACGGACCAAAAGCGCCGGACUUGACGAUGGACGUAGACAGGCGGAUGGUCGGACGGACAGCGCCCACGCCAAACGGUUACAGUAUAAAAUUUUGGACUGCAGGAAAAUAUGUCUCUGUGUUUGGCAUCUGGCUCUCCCUUUCUCGCCUUGGUGCCGAAGCAGCAGCUACUCUCCAGGGGUUCUCAAACAAGCAAAUCCUAUUGUUUAAUUUUGCCAUGGACA